ACUGUACUGUGUCGUGUGGAAUAGUGGUUUCAUAAAUAAGUUAAAUGUAAAUUAAGUUCCGUAAGUGCAAUGAAAAUUUUACACAAUGUCUAAGUCUCAAACAAAAAAGCAACAGGCUAAAUCUAAAAAAGACGCAAGAAUUAAUCAACAUUUAAAAGUACCAAAACACAAAAGUAAGCGGUUGAAAAUAUCCAUUAACGACGAAGCGAAAGAAAUCUCUCGGUUAAGCAACCUAUAUACUGAUGCAGUGAGUGCCGACAAAAACUACACGUUUUCGGAUUUUCCUCUUUCGAAAAAUACAUUACGAGGUUUGAUACAGGGCCAGUAUAAAAUACCAACUGCCAUACAACGUGAAUCUAUUCUACCGGCGUUGCAAGGAAAAGAUAUUUUAGCUGCAGCUAAAACCGGAAGUGGAAAAACAUUGGCAUUUCUUAUACCUGUCUUUGAAAAACUUUACAUUAACCAAUGGACACGUUUAGAUGGGCUUGGUGCUUUAAUAAUAACUCCUACUCGUGAAUUGGCAUUACAAAUCUUCGAGACAGUGGCUAAAAUAGGCACGCAUCACGAUUUUACCACCGGUCUGAUAAUCGGUGGACAAAACUUGAAAUUUGAGAAACCUCGAUUGCAUCAAUUAAACAUUAUAAUAUGCACUCCAGGACGUUUGCUGCAGCAUAUGGAUCAAAAUCCUCUUUUUGAUAGUACAAAACUAAAAAUAUUAGUUUUGGAUGAAGCGGAUCGCUGUUUGGAUAUGGGGUUUGAAGUAACGAUGAAUUCGAUUAUAGAGAACUUGCCACUGGAUAGGCAAACACUAUUAUUUUCGGCUACACAAACAAAUUCGGUGAAAGAUCUGGCUCGAUUGAAUUUAAAAGACCCGGUAUAUAUUGCCCCUCAUGAGAAAGAACAGUACACGACACCAAAUCGAUUGCAGCAGAACUAUGUUGUAAUUGAACAAAAAGAUAAGCUUACAAUGCUGUGGUCUUUUCUGAAAGCUCAUGCUAAGCAAAAAAUUAUUGUGUUUUUUGCCACUUGCAAACAGGUGAAAUUCUUCUAUGAAAUAUUCAAAAAACUUCGCCCUAGCAUUCUCUUACUACCGCUGUACGGAGGUAUGAACCAGGAAAAACGGAAUAAAAUUUACGCGGAAUUUUGUACACGAAGCAAUGUAUGUUUAAUGGCAACAGACAUAGCCUCUCGUGGGUUAGAUUUUCCGAAAGUUAACUGGGUUGUACAACUAGACUGUCCGGAAGAUGCUACCCAAUAUAUCCAUCGAGCAGGCCGUGCCGCACGUUUAAAUGCUAGUGGAGAAAGUUUGCUUGUUUUAAAUUCGCAAGAAGAACACGGAAUAGUUAAGCGGUUAGAAGAAGCAAAAGUACCAAUCAGCAAAAUUCAAAUAGACGAAAAGCAACUAUUUUCGCCAUUGAUAAAAAUUCAGUCUUUUCUUGCACAAUCGCCGGAGUUAAAGGAAACCGCCAAACGUGCAUUUGUAGCAUACAUAAAAUCUGUUGCUCUAAUGAAAGAUAAAUCUGUUUUUGAUGUAUCAAGUUUGGACUUAGAGGAAUAUGCUAAAUCACUGGGUUUGCUGGUAACACCACGUGUUCGAUUCCUGUCAAAAAUAGGUGGAAAGCCAAAAAAUUUUCACACAGAUGUAAAUGUGUUGUUAGCUGAUGAAGAUGGAAGCAGCAGUGGAGACGAAUUGUUUACCGUUAAAAGUUGCGGAAUUACAUCUACAAACCAGGAAUUAACACCUGAAUUUACGUCAAAUACAAACACUAAAAAGAAGAGCACUAAAGUGAGCCUAAUGAAAAAAGCCUUGGUUACGAAUAAAAAAAUUAUUUUCGAUGAUACUGGAGAUGCGACGGGGUUGAAAGAAGACAGCGAAGUUUAUGAUAUUGAAAAGGCGCGAGCAGAACUAAUGUUAGGAGAUGCAGCUGAUAAAGAGCGCUAUAAAAUGCUGAAGAAGGCCAAACGGGUAGCACAAAAAGAAAAACUUAAACGGAAAUCAGAGGAUCCUGAUGAGUUUGACAGUGUAGACCAUUUCGGAAGUAGUGAUGAAAACAGUGUAGAUUUAAGCUGGUUGCCCGAUCCCGAUGAGAUAUAUGUAAACCAAAACACAGUUGUCGAGAAAGUGCCAAAAGUAGUUUCGAAGGAACGUUCCAGGGCUGUCAAAAAACGUAAAAUUGCUAUGGACGUUAGUGAUAUUACGUUGACUGAAGCUGAACGACUUGCCAUGGACCUUCUCCGAUAGAAAAUGUAUUCGUACAUUAACACAAAAUGUAGAAAUAAUAAAUGCCUUGCAAUUCAUUGAGCUGUUUUA